GUGCUGUCCGCUCGGCGGGCGGUGUCCGGACGCAGGUGCCGGCCGGAGCGGAGCAAGCAGCUGCUGACUGGCCGGGCCGGGCCGGGACCCGGGCCAGGGAGAACCGAGGGGCCUGCGCGGUCGCCCGGCCCGGCCGCGAAUCAGGCUCUUGGGACCAUGGGCCUCAGGCCCUGAGGACAGGAGGCGCCUUGUGGCCAUGACGACAGGUGACUGCUGCCACCUCCCUGGCUCCCUAUGCGACUGCUCUGGCAGCCCUGCCUUCUCCAAGGUUGUGGAGGCCACAGGCCUUGGACCACCCCAGUAUGUGGCACAGGUGACCUCAAGGGAUGGCCGGCUGCUUUCAACUGUCAUCCGGGCUUUGGACACACCGAGUGACUGUCCCUUCUGCCGAAUCUGCCAUGAGGGAGCGAAUGGGGAGAAUUUGCUGUCCCCCUGUGGCUGCACCGGCACGCUGGGAGCUGUGCACAAGAGCUGCCUGGAGAAAUGGCUGUCUUCCUCCAAUACCAGCUACUGCGAGCUGUGCCACACGGAGUUCGCAGUUGAAAAGCGACCCCGACCUCUCACAGAGUGGCUGAAGGACCCGGGGCCUCGCACUGAGAAGCGGACGCUGUGCUGUGACAUGGUGUGCUUCGUGUUCAUCACACCGCUGGCCGCCAUCUCAGGCUGGCUGUGCCUUCGAGGGGCCCAGGACCACCUCCGUCUGCAUAGCCGGCUGGAGGCUGUGGGGCUCAUUGCCCUCACCAUCGCCCUCUUCACCAUCUAUGUGCUCUGGACACUGGGCUGCCUCCCCCCCCUUGCAGGUCUCUUUCCGAUACCAUUGCCAGCUGUACUCAGAAUGGAGGAAGACCAAUCAGAAAGUCCGACUGAAGAUUCGGGAAGCAGAUGGCUCCGAGGACCCCCACCACUCCUUGCUGGCUACUGGACUCUUAAAAAAGGUGGCAGAGGAGACCCCUGUGUGAAGCCCAGACUGGCAGAGCCCUGAGGUAGUGGAGAAACCAGAGGCAGAUGACAAUGCCUUGCUUUGGAAGGAUGGAAGCUGCCUGACCUUUCAUGCACAGCCACGAUGCUUCUCAGGCAAAGAGCCACAGCAAUCCCUGCUCUGUGCUCCUGGGUGAACGUAUUUUCAAGGGUUUUAUUUUACACAUUAUUGUACAUGACAGGGACAGAUGGACAGACCUGAGCUUUGGCUGCUUGUGUUAAGGGAGCCCGUUGGGCUGGAAGGUUCCAGCAAGCUUCUUGCGCUACUGUGCACUGGCCAGCCUGCUUCACUGGCGCUCGUGACUUUAUAUAAAGUUGCACUGCAUUUCAAACCCACCCCUGAGUGAAUAAAAGGAGGCCUUGCUGGCUAA